CCAACUCCAACCAACUAUAGUGGGGCGCAGUUCUUCUUCUGGGUUCCGUUGGUCGAUCAACUCUCAAAACACUAGGAACUCCAGAGUAGGAUACAGAAAGAGGCGCACACACACAGACAGACAGACAUGAGCAGCAUCAGCAGUAGUUCGAAAGCAGUCGACACCAUCUCCCCAACAGAAUCAUUCGAGCUUACCAACGACCUCACUCUCUCUCCUCGAAUCAACCUCCUCCUCACAAUCCACCGCACAAACCCAUCCUCCAUUUCUCCCUUAGACGAGUGGAAGUUCAAACGUUCCAUCAUAAACUUUCUCAAAUCCUCUUUCUCUCUCCCCAUUAUUGUCCCUGAAGAUGACCUCCUCAUCACCCGCUUUCGAGACCUCAAGAAGCGUAAACGUGAAGACCCUGUUGCUGUUGCUAAACUCUUUGUUCGUGAUUUAGGGUUUGUUGUCUCAAGUGCCAAUAAAUUUAGGAGCUUUGAGGGUGAUGUUUCGUUCGAGAAGAAGUUUUUAGAAUGGAGGAAUGUUCUGUUGGAGAAAAUGGAUGGUAUGGAAGUUAAUUUGGAAGGGGUUCAGUUUAGGGUUUGUGUUAGUUUGCCUGUUUCUGAUGAUUUUUUGAUGAUGAAAAAGGAGUGGCAGGAGUUCUACGCUUUUGGUCCAGGGAGUUAUUCAAGGGAUGCAAAGAAAGAGCCGGAUACGAUUAUUUUAAGAGGUUUGCCAUCAAGAUGGUUUGCGGAGCCACGUGUCUCAUCUAAACCAUCAAUGCUCGUUACACAUACCAUCUUUUCGAUCUUUGGGAAAAUAAGGAAUCUUAAUGUUGCUGAGGACGAUGAUCCAGGUAAGGAUACGGAUACAGAUGAUGGAGAUCUAGUAUCAGGUCUGCGAUGCAAAAUCGUUGUGCAAUUUGAGGAACAUAGGGAAUUCUACAAUGCAUUGAAGGUCUUAUGUGGUCGUUCAUUGCAAAAGGAAGGAUCACGUAUGAAGGCGGACUAUGAAGUAACCUGGGAUAAGGACAGAUUUUUCCAAAGUGCACGGCGUCACACGCAAGAGAGGAGGAGCCGAAACGCAGCAGUUGGUGCGGGGCAAUACAGAAAUGAAGGACGUCCAUCCUACAGGUCUCGCUACAGUCCUGAGGAUGUACGCUCAAAAAGAUCCAAGGAAUAAGGAUUCAUUUGAGAAAGGAGCUAUUGUUUAGGUUGAAGAUUAAAAGGGUGAACACUGGACCGAUGUAGCUGGGACUAUUUCGGGUACCCUAAGCCUCAAUUACAGUUCACAUCACCUCUUAAGAUUGCUUUGAUGAUGAGGUUGUUCUGCUUUUAUUUAAACAUCUCAGAUCUCACUUUAGCCAAGAGUGUAAAAAUGUGUCAUCUCCUUACCAUACUUCUGAUGUUUCUUGAUAUGCUGAUUCUGACAAAAAUAAUUGGACUGGCUAAUGAGUUCUGAAAGUUCAUUUCCGAAUUUCUUUUUGCUGUGUUUUUAGACAUAUUUUAUAGUCACUUUGUAUUAGGUUCUAGCAUUAUUUUUGAUGCGGCAAGUCUAUCAACAUGAUUGUCUUAUGAAACUA